CGUCGUCGGGCAAAUGUGGGACACAUCCAGCCCACCAAGAAAUGGUCCGUGCACUACCAGGCUAGUGCCACCGCCUUCGGCUGUCCAUGGCAAAACUCCCAACUUUUUUGAGUCAAGAUGCCCGCUUAAACAUCACCACCAUCGCUAACAACCCCAAACUCCAACGCCGUCGCAUCCCAAUCGAUUGUGAAAUAACAUCCUGAACGACAGUACCUAGAGCUCGACACCAGAAAAAAUCGAAACUUGAGUCUUCCACCAGAUCUCCGCAAAAAUGGGUGUCGCAAAGAAAACGAGAAAGUUCGCACAGGUCAAGCGAGUGAUCGGCCAGCGCGACAACCGAACGAGGGAGGGCAAAGCCAGGCUGGAAGCUCUGGAGAAGGAGAGGGCCGAUAAGAGAGAGACGGCCGCUGGAGAGCUCAUCCGCGAAGCGCCCCAAAUGCCGAGCCACAUGUUCUUCCAACACAACGAAGCUCUCGUGCCGCCCUACAAUGUCCUCGUGGAUACCAACUUCCUAUCUCACACCGUCCAGCGGAAGCUGUCCCUGUUAGAAUCCAUGAUGGACUGCCUCUAUGCAAAGUGCAACCCGAUUAUCACAUCCUGCGUUAUGAGCGAACUCGAGAAACUUGGCCCCAAAUACAGGCUCGCACUGCGCGUAGCGCGAGACGAACGAUGGACACGGUUGCAGUGUGAUCACAAGGGAACAUAUGCCGAUGACUGCCUGGUCACCAGAGUCCAGCAGAACCGCAUCUACAUCAUAGGGACCAACGAUUUCGCCCUGAAGAAACGCCUGAGGAAGAUUCCCGGUGUUCCAAUUAUGAGUGUGGCGCGGGGAAAGUACGUGGUGGAGCGUCUGCCCAACGCACCUGAUUCGUGAUCGUGACAAGCUGUGAGCUGAGCUACGAUAUGACGGAGCAUCUUUUCAUGAGCGUGACGAUAUAAUCAUUGGGCGGUGUUGCAUGGAGUCUGGCGUUCAGGACACGGAAAAAUCAACCAUUGGCGACUAGCUAUGUGGAAAGCUAGUCUAAGACAGACUUUGAGGUAAAUAG